AAGUGAGUUGGAGGCAGUAGGAGGAACCUCAGUCUGCACAAGUUGUGUGAGGAGAAGGGAGCACCCUGCCUGGCAGCACCUUAUCCCCACCCAGGCACCCUGAUCUCUAUCCAGGGCCAAGGGACGGGCUAUGGCUACUUCGAUACUUGGGGAAGAACCGAGAUUUGGUACCACUCCCCUAGCCAUGUUGGCCGCCACCUGCAAUAAGAUUGGGAACAGCAGCCCCCUGAGUAGCCUCCCGGAGUCCAGCGCCUUUGCCAAAGGCGGAUUUCACCCCUGGAAACGCUCCUCGUCCAGCUGCAGCCUGGGCUCAAGCCUCGGGGGAUUCGCAGUAGCCACCAACAGGGCCUCCAGUGCCCUAACCGGGGGAACAGCCGCAGCCAACAGCGCUUUCUGCCUGGCCUCCACCUCCCCAACCUCAUCUGCCUUCAGCAGUGACUACAGUGGACUCUUUUCCAGCGCCUCGGGGGUGUCCCCGCAGGAAUCAGCCGGCCAGUCUGCUUUCAUCUCCAAGGUUCACGCCUCCGCGGAAGGUCUGUACCCGCGCGUGGGAAUGGCUCACCCGUACGAGUCCUGGUAUAAGUCUGGCUUCCACUCGGAGGUGUCUGGAGGCGCUUCGGCCUGGUGGGAUGUACACGCUGCUGCUCCCAGCACUUGGCUGGAGGUACAGAACACGCAAGGGGCCCUCCAUUCUGGGGCUGCCGCACAUGGACAGCUCGGAGCUUACAGUCCGGACUUCAGUUCUCUGACCCACUCGGCUUUCAGCUCCACCGGCGCCUCUCACCUGCUCCCAGGGGGUCAGCACCUACUCACCCAAGACGCCUUCAAGCCGGUGCUGCCCUCCUAUCCGGACUCUGGGGGCCCCAUUCUCGCCGGGGCAGCAGGGGCGGGAGCAGGGGGGUCAGGGCGUUCAGCCAGAAGGUAUUCAGGCCGGGCCACCUGCGACUGCCCCAACUGUCAUGAGGCAGAAAGACUGGGGCCAGCUGGGGCGAGCCUGAGGAGGAAGGGGCUGCACAGCUGUCACAUUCCCGGCUGCGGUAAGGUUUACGGCAAAACGUCUCACCUGAAGGCGCAUCUGCGUUGGCACACAGGGGAGAGGCCCUUCGUCUGCAACUGGCUCUUCUGCGGCAAGCGAUUCACUCGCUCCGACGAACUUCAGCGGCACCUGCGCACCCACACUGGGGAGAAGCGCUUUGCCUGCCCUGUCUGCAACAAACGCUUCAUGCGCAGCGACCACCUGAGCAAACACAUCAAGACGCACAACGGGGGUGGAGGGGGCAAAAAGGGAAGCGACAGCGACACAGACGCCAGCAACUUGGAGACCCCGAGAUCUGAAUCCCCUGAACUCAUUCUGGAAGGGGUUAGGCCUGGAAAGGACGCUGAGAAUGACUCCUAGGAGGGGGGCACAUUAUAGACUUCAUCCUGGGGGUUCAGCCUGUUUAUGGCGACUAAAACCCAUAAAGACGCCUUAGAAAUAUGACUGAUUUUUUUUUUGGGGGGGGGGGGUUCAUAGCUACUUGUUGCUCGUGUGCACUGGACCCUUUGUACUGGCAAAGGCAAACUGGAACUAGAAAAUAUCGCACUUCGAGACUUGCUCUUUUCAUGAAAACGCUCAAUAAAAAACAGAAAAUCCAUCUGAUUCCUUUGUGGAUUACGACACUAACACCCCCCCCAAUGAGAUCUCUUAGCAGUUUAACAGUUUUUUUAUGAUCAAAAAUCCCAAUUCAUCUUUAAAACGCAGAGAGGAUGGAAGAAAAUGAGGGGAAUAUUUGGGACGAUUUCUUCUGUAUUUCCAAUUGUCUGUAUGAAAACAGGUUUCAUAUAGGUCUUGUUGAUUUAUUAUUCCUUUUUUUCUUCCAUUGUAAACGUUUAUUCCAAUCAUUUCUUGUGGAUUCCAGAAAUUCAGGAUCAUUUUUCCCCCUUUUUUAUGAUGCACUUUGUGAAAAUCAAUAUAUAUAUAUAUAUAUAUAUAUAUAAAUAAGAGAUAUUUAAAAUGU